AUGACUGAGACAAUGACCAACAUGACAAACUACAUGGAAUUUUUGCUCAUGGGAUUCCCAGAAGGCCAAGUGCUGCAGACACUGUGCCCCACACUCUUCUCCCUGAUUUACAUGGCAGCACUAAUGGGAAAUCUCCUCAUUAUCAUCCUCACCACCAUAGACCAGCAUCUCCAAUCUCCCCUGUAUUUCUUUCUGAAGAAUUUGUCCUUGAUUGAUAUCUGUUAUAUCUCUGUCACAGUUCCCAAAUCCAUCACGAACUCUGUGACCAAAAUCCACUCAAUCUCUUUCCUGGGGUGUAUUGUACAGGUUUUUUGUUUUGUAUUUUUGACAGGCACUGAGUUUUCCCUUCUUUUGGUGAUGUCUUAUGACCGCUAUGCUGCCAUCUGCCUCCCUCUGCACUAUGAGACCAUCAUGAAUAGAGCUGCCUGUGUGCAGAUGGUGGUUGCAGCAUGGCUCAGUGGGUGUUUCUAUGGGUCCCUUCAUGCUGCAGGAACAUUCUCUGUCCAUUUCUGUGGUCCCAAUAUAAUUCAUCAGUUCUUCUGUGAUAUUCCAUCACUUCUCACACUUGCUUGCUCUGGAGAAAACAUUCUAGAAUAUGUGUUUAUCAUUACCAGCUGUUGUUUUCUUUUCUUGUGUUUUAUAUUAAUGGUUAUUUCCUAUGUUCACAUAGCCUUAUUUCUUUCAUCUGGAUAUUUUGCAUACUUAGGCCCAACAUCAAACUCUGCAUCAUCAUUGAACCUGCUCAUGUCAGUGUUUUACUCUCUGUUACCUCCCUGCCUAAAUCCUGUGAUUUAUAGCUUGAGGAACAGGGAUAUGAAAGUGGCCCUAUGCAGCAUUUUAGGUGACAAAAUGACACAAAUCUCUAAAUAUUGA